CAGACAUUAAUGUGCCGUCGCCAUUUUGUCAUAUUAACUGACUUCGCACACAAACGUUCGUGAGUUGUAGCAUCUGUUACUUUGUCUUGAACGAACUCCGAAACAAUGCUUUCGUCACAUCUAAAGAUGGCCAAAGACGGACGGUUCAACUUCAAACUUUUGGUGCCACCAAGGGUGAAUAAUUGCAGCCAGGUGUCUGCGGUUAAACCCCAAGAGAGUGUCGAGAACAGAGUUGAGCUGGGUCCCAGUAAAUAUUUUGUGAUAGACCAAAACACGCCAGCCCUCAGCAAAAGUGCUGUUGCCCCAACUAAACCAAUCACACAAGAUUGCCUCAAGAUGACAGUGGCCCCAACAGAGAGAGUGGAGAGUGACUGUGCUCCUGGACAGCUUUGUUCAAAAAUGUUUGACGAGGUGGAGAAAAUCAAAUGCUGGAAAUUCAAAGUGGACUCUGAUGCUGCGCAAAGCGAGCGGAAACUUCAGGAGAACAAAAGAACAAUUGAGACUCAGCGCAAGGCCAUUCAAGAGUUGCAGUUUCAAAAUGAAAGUCUAAGCAUCAAGCUUGAGGAACAGAUGAGUGAAAAUGAGGAUUGGCGGAACAAACACAAUGCAACCCGCAACUUGUGUAAUUUGCUGAAAGAAACAUUUGAGCGGUCGGCAGACAAAAUGCAAUUAUUUGAAUCUGAGCGAGAUGAGACACAUCACCUUCUAAUGGAAAACGGUGAACGUGUUCAGAAACUGAUAGUGGCAUUUGAACACCUUCGCGGUCAAGCUGAAGCCAAUCAGAACGAGUUGGAUUCUGUUAAAGCAAAUUUACAAAAACUUGAAGAGCUGAAAGAAAACUAUCAGCAAGAAUGCACCCUAAAAGAGAACACGGUGGCGAUGCUGGAAGCUAAACUUCAGGAGAAAGUAGGCGAACUAGAGGAAGUCCAGCGUGACCUUCAUGAUACUCAAAAUCAAUGCAGACUGCUUCAAGAGGCCACAACUCAACAAUGUGAAGAGCUAAGACGCUCAAAAAUGGAGAAAGAGUCCCUUCUCGAAAAACUACACUCAGCAGAGCAGCGCUGUAAAGAGAGCGAGACAAGACAGGAGGCCAUGGGUGUUGUGCUGAGACACAGCAAAGAAGAACAUGAACAGAUCCUCAGCAGCAAAGAGUUAAGCUUGAAGGAGGCUUGCAGAGUUAAAAAUGAACUAGCCGAGACGCUCGAGCAAGUUCAGAGAAACCUUGUGGAGCUGCAGAAUUCGUUAGCCUUUGAGGAACGAAGGUCUAAGGAUUGCGAGGAAAAACUAAUGGAGAAAAACAAAGAACUUGAAAGGAGUCUUCAAGUUGUGGGAGAACUUAAAGAACAGAGGGCAAGAAAAGAUGAGCAAAUCACCAUCCUUCAGAGUGAAUUAGAAAAAAGCUUGCGCUUAAUAGAGCUUGUGAAGGGAAAAGCUGAUGUCCUUGAGGUCAGAGUGAAUGAUCUCCAAGAUGAGCUUUCGGCAAAAACCAUAGAAGUACAGCGAGUCAUGUGUGAGGCAGAGACUAUACAUGCAGACAACGAAAAGCUCAAGAGAGCUGGUGAAAAGGCAGAAGAAUUUUUCUUGGAGAAGCAGCGCAACUCUGAGAGCAAAGUACACGAGCUGGAGGAAAAGUUGUUCAGUGAAAUGAAGAAAACAGAGGAGUGCAGCUUUGAGAUAGUACAACUGAAAACAGAACUCACACAGCAUCAAGCUAAGUAUGAAGAGCUGCUGUCUAACUUUAAUGAGGUUAAUUUCGAGAAGAAAGCUUUUGAGCUGAAGUUUGAGAACACAUCCUCUGAUAUGAAAGCCAUCACGGCAACCAUGAAGGGGAGUGAGGAGAAGGCUGUGAAGCUCGCAAAGGAAAUUCAGAAACUGGAAGAGGAUAACCAACGUUUAAGAGCGGAAGUGCACACUAUUCAAAGUUUAACCCAAAGACAGUAUGCAGAAAUUGAGAUGUUGCAGAAGAAAAUGGAAGACAACUGUCAGCAUUUGCAGGAGAAGGUUGUGCAAACAGAAGGACAGAUCAAAGCCGCAGAAGUAAAGUGCUCUUACCUCAUGAAGAAAAUUGGGGCUCAUCGUAAAGCAGGAGAAUAUCAGAAAGAGAUUAAAAAGCUUAAGACACAAAUGGCAAAAGAGCUUGUGAAAUACAGUGAACUUGAAAAUAAGAUGACCAGUCUGUAUGAUGAAUCAAACAACCAGAAAAGACAGCUUGAAGAAAAGCAUCAAAAGCUGGUUGAAGAGCUUCAUGAAAAAUCUUCAUUUGCAGCAGAUCUUGACAAUAAGAUAAAAGAGCUGCGAUUAACCACAGACGAGGCUAUCAAGAGUAAAGAGGACGCAGAACACAAGUGUCAACACAAGACAGCUGAUAUUGUCGCACUGAUGGAAAAACACAAAAACCAAUAUGACCGCAUGGUCAAAGAAAAGGAUGCGGAACUGGAUGAGAUGAGGAAGCGUGAGACAGAGGCCAUUAGCUGCCGGGUGGCUCUGGAGAUUGAUGUCUCAAAGUUUAAGACUGAAAACGGUCAACUGAAGAAGCAGCUGAUAACAGCAAAGGAUAACUUUCAAAAAGAGUUAAGUGAUCUGAAGAAAGAAUUGUCUUCGCUUAAAUUAUCUCGGCUUUCCCAAGACAAGAGCAACACGGCAAAUCCCUUCUACACAAAUCAUAAAGGGAGACAUGCAGAAACACCGAGAAGCAAGUCUUCAAAGAUGAACGUGUUUGACUUCGCCGAGGAAUGUGACUUCGGUUCCAUGAGGAUGUCGGGUGAAAAAAACCCAAAGAUCAAGGAACAUCAGGACUCUGCUUCCCCGGUAAAUGGGACAAAGCAGGCUGGCAGAGCAGAAAAAAUCAAAACCUAUAGAAUAAGGACGCCCCCUAGUGCUGACAAGCCAGGGAGCUGGAAGAAGAGAGCCUUGGAGCUGGAACCCAAGUCUGACAACUCUGAUCCAAACAAUGUUUUGACUUUAAAAAACACGCCAGCACCACACUUCUCGGUUCCCCUCUCUCAAUGCAACCGAUCCAAAAAGAGCCCCACUGCUCUUAAGUCACCGGGAACCGCCCUAAAGUUAGCGGGCAUCAAGAGGAUGCGUGAUGCUGGCUGGAUCGCUGUCAGUGACAGUGAGAAAAAGAAGAAAAAGGCUCGGGGGAAGAUUUUUGCAUAAGUAGUGUCUUUGUAGACACCUUAGAUGCAGUUAAGUUUUCUAUUCUCUAAUUUUGAAAGGCACAUUUCUUAUGUGGUAAAAAUAGUGGUGGUGUGGUAGUCAUAGAAGAAAAGCAGGAAGAGGUAUAGUUUUGUAGUUGCGGUUCUUACGGUAGUAUUGUCCUAAGCAUAGUAAUAGUCACAGAUUGCUGGUUUAGAAUUCAUUGUGUUGUUAUUGUUGUGGUGUAGGAGUCAUAGUUUGCAAGCGUAGUAAAAAAAAAAACAACAACAAACAGACAUUAGUUUUUCACUGAUUUAUGCAGCAGUACUUAUAACAGUAUGCUAGUGCAGUAUUGCCGCACACAGCGAGUUACUUGUAGCUGUUGUAGUAGUCAUCAGAA